UUUAUUAUUUUAUAACUGACCACACCUAUAAAAUGGCGGCUGUGACAAGAGCUGAUUUUGCUCCAAUUCUUCUCCACAGGAAAGAGCUAAGGAGACGAGACAGGCUAGAGCCUCCUGUACAAUGGAUGCUAGACAUGACUGGCUCUUCUCUCUUUACUCCACUAGUACCAGGACCUGGUACUACAAUACUAGACAGACAGAACUAUCAAAGAUGGAAAGUUAUUUUUGGUUCUUACAAAUUCGCUCACCCCAAAAGAUCAAAAAGAAGACUCAUUGUCCUUCAACCUUUAGCGUAUACCUCUCCAGACUACCCCAUGGCUCAAGUAGAGACAGUAUUGCUGGAGUCACUGGCUGGUUUCUGUUCAGUUUAUUUCACUGGAAUGGAAGUGGUUCUUGAUCAGCCUCCAUUGGAACUAUCAGGAGUGAAGAAGAUUACUAAACGAGUUCAUCGAACAACGCAGAGAGAACAGCUGCUAGUAGGAGACGUGACUAAGUACAUGAAAUCUCAAUCUCAAAUUAAAUCAUUUUGUUUAGUUGGGAUUACACUUGUAGAUCUUUAUCCAAGUCCUUAUUGGAACUUUACUUUAGGCCAGGCUUCCUUCUCUGAUGGACUGGCCGUUUGUAGUUUUGGACGCCAUUUUAAUUCUCAGCUAGAUGGAGAGAGUCCAGCUGCAUCUGAUUUAAAGAAACAGAUUAACAACAUGUGGGUAUUAAUUAGAGUGAUAUCUCAUGAAAUUGGUCACUUGUUUGGUCUCACUCAUUGCUUCUAUUUCAACUGUUCAAUGAAUGAAAGCUCCACCAUUGAUGAGGCAAUCACUCAACCACUCUUCCUUUGUCCUGUGUGUCUCAGGAAACUACACAAAGUCCUAAAAUUUGACGUAUGCAGAAGAUACGUCCUUUUAAGAGAAGAGUGCUCCAAACUGCUCCAGUUUAUAGAAGAAGCUUUAAAGACAGAUUCAGUUAGUAAUGAAGACAGCAAGCCUGAAGAUACUGAACUUACAAUGAAGACUAGUGACCCCAUUAUUGAUGGAAGUGUUACUGAUUGUCCUACAGCUAAUGGUGACAUUACUAAUGAAGAAGAGAUUGAACAGGAAGGAAGAGAGUCAGUUUGUGUGACUGAGUAUUUUAAGAAAUCUAUUCAAUGGCUUGACGAAUGUAUCGCCACUUUUAAUAAUUAAUAAUAAUUUUUUUUUAAAGUUUUUUUUAUAAAACUAAAACUACCAAACCUUUUCUAUGUCAAUAUAUACAGUCUCUGACUAAUGAAAUGAAUGAAUGAAGGAAUGAUAUGAUGCUUGAAUGCUACAACUGAAUAAUGUGAGUUUAAUGAUGUAUA